AUGGCCGCCCACGGCACUGGCAAUGGUGCCCUUUCGCCUCGAUCCUUUGCCCGCCAGCACCAACGACCGAAGGACAACUUUGCCGGUUGUGCAAAAAUCACCGACUUUGAGCUUCUCCAUAAGCUUGGUGAAGGUACCUUCGGCGAGGUACACAAAGCUCGCGCAAAGAGCAAUGGUACUCUGGUCGCCUUGAAGAAGAUCAUCAUGCAUAAUGAGAAAGAUGGCUUCCCAAUCACCGCACUGCGAGAGAUUAAGCUUCUCAAGCUGCUAUCCCAUAAGAACGUCCUCCGCCUCGAAGACAUGGCCGUCGAGCACCACAACAGGGCCACCGACAAGCGCAAACGACCAAUCAUGUACAUGGUCAUGCGCUACAUGGACCACGACUUGUCUGGUCUGCUCGAGAACCCGAAUGUCACCUUUACCGUCCCCCAGAUCAAGUGCUACCUGAAGCAGCUGCUUCAAGGUCUGCAAUACCUCCACGAGAACCACAUCCUCCACAGAGAUAUGAAGGCCGCCAACUUGCUCAUCAGCAACAAGGGUAUUCUGCAAAUCGCCGAUUUCGGCCUCGCGAGACACUACGAUGGCCAAGUGCCCGUACCGGGAGGAGGUGGAGGUGAAGGCAAGAGGGAGUACACAGCACUGGUCGUGACGAGAUGGUAUCGGCCUCCGGAGCUGCUCAUGAACCUCAGGAAAUACACCACAGCUAUUGACAUGUGGGGUGUUGGUUGCGUGUUUGGAGAGAUGCUUGUCGGUAAGCCCAUCCUGUCCGGCGAAAGCGACAGCCACCAACUGGAUAUCAUCUUCGAUCUGUGUGGGACGCCGACGGACCAGAAUAUGCCGGGCUGGAGACAAUUGCCAGGCGCCGAAGUAAUAAGCCCACGACCUCGGACCGGCAAUCUGUCGAGUCGUUUCAGAGAACAUGGUGGAACUGCUAUUUCUCUAUUGAAAGAACUUCUGAAGCUUGACUGGAGGGGUCGCGUCAAUGCAGUAGACGCUCUGGAGCAUCCUUACUUCACUUCUGCCCCGCUACCUGCGCGACCCGAGGAUAUCCCAUCCUAUGAAGACAGCCACGAACUGGACCGUAGGAAGUUCCAGGCUCAAAAAGCUGCUCUACCGCCGGCUCCUAGAGGUGGCACAGUCGGUGUAGGACCAUACGAAGGUCCUCAAGGGUACGCAAACGGUGACGGAUAUGGAAAUCCCCGCAUGAAUGGAAGACAUCCGAAUCAGCACGAUCGCGAUCACCCACCUCCGGACACCAGAUUACCACCUAGGCCAGACACCAGGUUGCCGCCUCGGCCGCCACCGCCUGUAAAUGGGUAUGACGACUUUCCUGAUCAUCGCGACAGGGAUCGAGCACCCAGGACUCGCGGUCCAGUCGGCGGCGGCGGCGGCGGCGGCGCUGGUGCUGGUGGCGGUAGCGGUGGUGUCAUUGUUGACACAUAUAUUCCUACUUACGACCCAAGCUUUAGUCGGGAUAGGCCACCGAGAGACGAGCGCCCACCUAGAGAUGAUCGCCCACCUAGAGACGACCGUCGAAGGCGCGACGAUCGCAUGAGGGAUUAUGAUGAGCGAGUCCGCUCAAGCAGAACUCGCAGCAGAAGUCGUUCUCCGCCCAUUCGUGAAAGAGAGAGGGACUCAUACCGUCGAUAG